AGCAUCUUUUGUUCAUCCGGAUAGUAAGUUGACAUAGUUAAAAUCAUUCAUCCAGAAAAUGACACCCAGCAGCAGCAGACCAGCUUUUCGAUUUCUUACCGGAAUCACCUUCGUUCUGGUCGUUCUGCUCCACCCUGCACUGACCAAAAAAUCAUCAUCGUCCUCUUCCCGGAAUCUCGAGAGCAAGCUGGACGACGAGUUGAUUCCCUCGUACGAGUGCCAGCAAAGAAGCCGGGAUUGGACCAUCCGCUGUCUGGUUCCGUCGACCAACUAUCAGUUGUCAGUUGAUCUUUGUGGAACAAAUGAGAAACCAAAUAAGAAACUUCUCGAACGCUGUGCUCAGGAGCUGUACAUCCUAAGCAAAUCUUGUCCCCAACCUUCGAUGAUGGAUGCUGCCCGAGAAAUGAUGCACAACAAAGCACCACCUCCACCACCCCCGACGUCAGCUGCCAUCAACCGGGGCAAGCAACAGCAGCGUCCAGCGAUUCCUGACCCAUUGCGUGAUAGUAUUUCAAAAGGUUCCCGGAAACCCGAACAAAAGUUUGGCAAACACAUCAAAGCCCUCAAUGACUUGUGAUAUCAGUACCCGAAUGUAGUUGUCAAGUCGAGAUAGUGUUUCAAAAAUCCAAAACUGUCCAAUCACGAAAAAAUAUUGAAAAAAUUAUUCUCUGGGUGGAAAUGACA